GCUUGUGACUGCGGGAAAGCCGUUUUCAUUCAUUCAUGCCGAAUCUUUAUGUGUGGAAAGCAGGAGAGAUCUGCACAACGCAAAUCCACUGCAGUUAAAACGCGCAGAGAAGCCAACGCGGAGAGGACAAUUUGCGCCAGGAAAGACACAAUUCUGCAAACUGUUGAUGAAAAGAACUUUCCUUUAUUGUUCUCUUUCUGUUUCAAGAAGGUGAUCGGAUCUAAGCACGAUGAGGAGGAGUACAGGCACGACGGACUGCCUCUGCUACUGUUUCCUUCUGCUGCAGCUGCUGAGUCAGCCAGCUGCCAAGCAAGUCCUGCGCUACCACCUGGCUGAGGAAGGUCCCGCAGACGUCCGGGUGGGCAAUGUAGCCCACGACUUGGGCAUCAAAGCCGGAUCUGGUGAGGUGACGUUUACCUUAGAGUCAGGAUCCGAAUACUUCAAGAUCGACAACAUUACCGGGGACCUGAGCACCAAUGAGAGGCGGAUAGACCGUGAAAAGCUGCAACAGUGCCAGAUGAUCUUCGAUGAAAACGAGUGCUUUAUUGAUUUCGAGGUUUCAGUGAUCGGACCCGCGCAGAGCUGGGUGGACUUGUUCGAGGGCAUGGUCAUCAUUAUGGACGUAAACGACAACACGCCGUCUUUCCCAUCACCCGUGCUUACUCUUUCGGUAGAGGAGAACAGGCCAAUCGGCACUCUUUACCUCCUACCCACUGCCACUGACCGGGAUUUUGGAAGGAACGGGAUUGAAAGGUACGAGCUGAUCCAGGACAGCAUGGAGAGCUCCGGACGCAGGAUAUCCUCAGCAGGUAAUUCUGACUCCCAUAACGGUAAAAGAAGGUUCGACGAUAGCGCCAGUCGUAGCAGUGUGUUCGAGCUUCAAGUAGCUGAUACAACAGAUGGUGAGAAGCAACCCCAACUAAUUAUUAAAGGCGCACUUGAUAGAGAGCAGCGAGACUCCUAUGAGUUGACAUUGCGAGUCAGGGAUGGAGGCGACCCCCCUCGGUCCUCUCAAGCCAUUCUCAGAGUAAUGAUCACUGACGUGAAUGACAAUAGUCCUCGAUUUGAGAAGAGUGUAUAUGAAACAGACCUGCCUGAAAACAGCUCCCCUGGUGCUCCAAUCCUUCAGCUUAAAGCAGUAGACGCUGACGUUGGGGUCAACGGCCAGAUCGAGUAUGUGUUCGGGGCAGCCACUGAAUCCGUGCGCCGACUUCUGCGGUUGGACGAAAGCACAGGCUGGCUUAGCGUAUUACACAGGAUUGACCGUGAAGAAGUAGGCCAGCUGAGGUUCACAGUCGUGGCGCGUGACCGUGGUCAGCCUCCUAAGAUGGACAGAGCGACCAUGGUCAUUAAUAUCAAAGAUGAGAAUGACAAUGUCCCGAAUAUUGAUAUAAGAAAAAUAGGGCGUAUUUAUCUCAAAGAUGGAGUAGCCAAUGUAGCGGAGGAUGUUGUGGUGGACACCCCGAUUGCACUGGUUCAAGUGUCCGAUCGUGAUAAAGGACAAAAUGGUGUGGUGACGUGCACCGUUGUGGGUGAUGUUCCCUUCCAGCUGAAGCCUGCAAGCGAAAUAGAAGGUGACAUGAACAAAAAGAAAUACUUUCUGCACACGUCAGCAUCACUCGAUUACGAAGCUGUGCAGGAGUACAACGUUGUCAUAGUCGCUGUGGAUUCAGGCAGCCCUAGCCUGUCCAGUAAUAACUCUCUUAUUGUAAAAGUCGGGGACAUAAAUGACAACCCACCUAUCUUCAGCAAGAGUAUGAUGGAAGUUUUAUUCCCGGAGAAUAAUGCGUUUGGUGAGCGUGUGCUCACAGUGGUGGCCUUAGAUGCAGAUAGUGGGAAAAAUGCUGAAAUUGCAUACUCCCUGGACUCCUCUGUAAAUGGAAUAUUUUCCAUUGAUCCGGACAGUGGCGAUGUUCGGGUUAACACUAUACUUGAUCGAGAACAAACAGAGCGCUAUGAGUUCAAGGUGAUCGCCAAAGACAAAGGUAUCCCUGUUCAACAGGGCUCAGCCACAGUGGUGGUAUUAGUGGCAGACAGAAACGACAAUGAGCCAAAGUUUAUGCAGGAUGUAUUUACAUUCUAUGUGAAGGAGAACCUGCAGCCCAACAGCCCUGUAGGCAUGGUAACAGUGAUGGAUGCAGAUAAAGGACAUAAUGCUGAAAUGAGCCUCUAUAUCGAAGAAGAGGAAGAAAUGUUCUCAAUCGAAAACAACACAGGGACUAUUUUUUCCACUGUAGCGUUUGAUCGUGAGCAAAAGACCACCUACUCAUUUCGUGUCAAGGCUGUGGAUAGUGGGGACCCACCUAGGUCAGCUACGGCUACUGUGUCACUUUUUGUGAUGGAUGAAAAUGAUAAUCCACCAACAGUCACUUUUCCUCUUAACAGCUCCUACACUCUGUUACCUCCAUCCAGCAAUAUGCGAACAGUAGUCCGGACUGUCAUAGCUACGGAUAGUGACACAGGUGUCAACGCUGAUCUCAGCUAUAGCAUAAUCGGAGGCAAUCCAUUCAAGCUGUUUGAUAUUGAUCCUGCCACUGGUGUCAUUUCAUUAAUUAGUAAGCUUGAACAGAAACAUUAUGGCCUUCACCGUCUGGUAGUACAAGUUAACGACAGUGGGGUUCCUUCGCAGAGCACCACCACACUAGUGCAUGUUUAUGUCAAUGAAACACUCUCCAACUCCACCAUAGUGGAAUCCAGGAUCGCCAAGAGCCUUGGGACACCACUUAAUGCUGACAUUGCCGGAGACCCCAACUAUGACCUGAGCAAGCAACGUUUAAGCAUUGCUGUUGGAGUGAUAUCUGGCAUCAUGGCAGUCAUCCUCAUCAUCCUUAUCGUGGUCCUGGCCCGCUACUGUGGUCCUAAGACCAAGAAUGGCUAUGAAGCAGGAAAGAAAGAUCACGAGGAUUUUUUCACCCCGCAGCAACAUGACAAAAACAAGAAACCCAAGAAAGAUAAGAACAAAAAGAAGUCCAAGCAGCCUCUUUACAGCAGUAUUGUCACCGUUGAGGCAUCAAAGCCUAAUGGACAGCGCUAUGAUGGCGUCAAUGAACAACUCUCUGAGAGCCCUGGAAUGGGCCACUAUCGUUCCGUUAAUGGGGGGCCUGGAAGCCCUGACCUCGCUCGCCACUAUAAGUCCAGCUCACCUCUGCCUACGGUCCAGCUUCAUCCUCAAUCACCAACGGCAGGUAAAAAGCACCAGGCUGUUCAGGAUCUGCCCCCAGCCAAUACCUUUGUAGGCACCGGGGAUAACAUAUCCAUUGGAUCUGACCACUGCUCCGAGUACAGCAGCCAAACCCUCAACAAGUACAACAAACAGCCAUUCCGCCGAGUGACGUUCUCGGUGGUGAGCCAACCCCAGGACCCCCACCAGGGCUCGCUGCAGAGCUGUUAUGACAGUGGCCUGGACGAGUCGGAGACACCGAGCAGCAAGAGCUCCACGGGGCCCCGGCUGGGAGCCCUUCCCCUUCCCGAGGAUGCCUAUGAGAGGACUACGCCGGAUGGCAGUGUCGGUGAGGCAGAGCAUAUGGAAAAUGAUUCUCGGCCCCUGCCGGAUGUAGCCAUGACGGGGAAGUGUACGCGCGAGUGUGACGAGUACGGCCACUCAGAUGCCUGCUGGAUGCCGGUGCGCACUUCACCCGAGCGCAGGCCCAAAGCCACCCCUCCCAAACUCUCCACUUUUAACUCAAGCUCAGCUGGCUGCAGCGGAGCCGAGCCAUGCUCCAGCCCCGAGUCGCUCGCCAUGGCCAACGGGGAACCUUCGCACUUGCUCGGUGACCGCAACCGCAACCUACUUAACAAGAAGAUGGCCUCCUCCUCAUCCUCUUCCUCGGCCUACGACGCUUUCGGCUCAGCCGCGUACUCUGGCAGAGAGGAGACGUCUCGAUCCGUCGAAGAGAUCCCGUUGGCUCCUACGGGCGAAUAUAAGCCCACGCAAUGUGGAACGCUCACGAGGCGCGAGGUUUACCUGUGA